AUGUUUUAAUUUAACCUUCUAAGGCGAAUCAUCAACAAACACACAGAUGAGAGCCUUGGCGACUGCUCCUUUCUGAAUACUUGUUUCCACAUGGACACUUGUAAAUAUGUGCACUAUGAGAUUGACAGCCCUCCUGAAGCUGAGGGUGACAUGUUGGGGCCCCAGGCAGGGGCCACUGAGCUUGGACUGCACUCCGCUGUGGGAGACGGCAACGAUGGCAAGUUGUUUCCUUCACAGUGGAUUUGCUGUGACAUCCGAUAUCUGGAUGUGUCCAUCUUGGGGAAGUUUGCAGUGGUGAUGGCCGACCCGCCAUGGGACAUUCACAUGGAGCUUCCAUAUGGAACACUCACAGACGACGAGAUGAGGAAACUCAACAUUCCUAUUCUGCAGGAUGACGGGUUCCUCUUCCUCUGGGUGACAGGAAGAGCUAUGGAGCUGGGCAGAGAGUGUCUAAGCUUAUGGGGCUAUGAGCGUGUCGAUGAGAUUAUCUGGGUAAAGACUAACCAGCUUCAGAGGAUCAUUCGUACUGGAAGGACUGGACACUGGCUAAAUCAUGGCAAAGAGCAUUGCUUGGUGGGAGUAAAAGGAAACCCACAAGGUUUUAACAGAGGCCUUGAUUGUGAUGUUAUAGUGGCAGAGGUCCGCUCCACUAGUCAUAAACCAGAUGAAAUCUAUGGAAUGAUUGAGCGUUUGUCACCUGGUACACGAAAGAUUGAAUUGUUUGGGAGACCACACAAUGUGCAGCCUAACUGGAUAACUCUUGGUAAUCAGCUGGACGGUAUUCACCUUUUAGACCCUGAAGUAGUUGCACGUUUUAAGAAGCGCUACCCUGACGGGGUCAUCUCCAAACCUAAAAACAUGUGAGGACUGGGCUAGUGAGAGAAUUUACAGCUAUUGGUUGAACUCUGCCACAGGAUUCACGAGUAAAAGAACACAUUUUUAUACCCACUUUGCUUUUUUAAAAUAAAAACACUGAACCACGUUUUUG